AAUUUGGCCGAAUUACUUCCAGAUAACUCUCCAUCCCCAGUGCAGAAAUUUUGGGACCGCAAAGUUAAGUUAUGGGCUUUUUAAGCGCACGAUUCGAUUUAGUACAGAGUAGAAGUUUUUUGAGUACAACCAAUAUUUCGUCAAUUUUCAAUAAUGAAAGAAAACCUUCGCUAGUUUUUUGGUUAACGGGUUUGUUUUCUUCAGUUUUUAAACUAUAAAGAUAUGAAGAGUGGCGAUUUAGUAGUCAUAUGAGACUGAUGUUAAAUCAACAUUUGCUGGCGAAUCUGGAAAAAAAAAGAAGAAAAUGAAGAUUAGUGCUUUACAAAACAAAAGUUCUUUUCAAAACCCCCAAAUGACCACAAAAGAGAUUUGAUUGCUGCCUUGUGUCAUUACACAAAUUUAAAAAAAAUAAGAUUUUGUAUUUAUUUCUGUAUAUUUUGUUUGUCAAUUUUUGGAAACUGACCUUCAUAAUGCUUUAUUAAUAAUAAAAUUAAUAAUAUUAAUAUUUAAUAAACUAAUAACAAUUAUGACAGUAAUAUAAAAUAAUAUUAAUAUUAGUGCACAAUAAAUCAUUUUAAAACUCGCUAAUUACCCAAAUUUACACUCUAUAAAGGUAUUAACUCAUAAUUAAACCUUUGACCUUUACCGGUGAACUUUGACGUUAAAUAGUGACCUUGACAUGUGAUGGUAAUUGAUGACUUGAUGUAAUAAUUACAUAAUUAAUUAUGUAUGAUAAUUAGACAAUGUGAUGUUACAUAACUACAACGUAAUUAACAUGGCCUAAAAUGCUACAUAAUUAUACUGUAAGGGACACAUUUUUUGUAUAAUAAAAACAAUAGGAAUUAACUCCGCUAAUAUUGGUCCGAUUUAUAUAAUUUUUGUUUUAAAAUGCUUCAUACAGUUAUGUCUUUCUUUUAUAAAUUUGAGUUAAAAAGAGGAAAAAGGAAAAAAGGAGUGUACCCAUGAGUUCAGUGGCGAUCCAGAAGUGGGGGUGAAAGGAAAGCUUGAUUAUUUGCCAUUUGUUUACACCAACCAUGGUGGGGCUGAGGUGGGCGUGGCAGCGAGAACUUUGUAUUGUGCAGCCUCCGCCCAUUGGAAAUUCUCUGGAUCUGCCCCUGCAUACAGUCAGUGUGCCUAGACUAAGUGCUAGUCUGAGGACUGAUUAUUUCAAAAUGGAAUUGGUCUUUUCUGGACUGUGUGCUUCCAGUUAGGCAAAACAUAGGCGGCAAUGAAGAGUGCCAUCUGCACCGGGGAUUCCUUUCAGAUAUAGCAAAUGUGAGAGCACUAAUUGUUUAAGGUCUGUCUAGGCCUGGGUGUGUUAUCUUCACCAUUCAUCAUGACAGUAGUCUACCUCAAAAUAUAUUAAAACUUUGAACACGAUCAGUAGUCUGUUCUGGAUGCCGUAUAAACUUUCAGCGACUGAAGCUGCAUGUAAUGACAGAGAAAGAAAUACAAAAUGUAUGACAGGGCUUUCUAAUAGUGUAUCAUAUCUGACACAAUCCCUGGGCUGUAGAAGGCAGAAUCAGUUACAGGUUGAACCUGUAACUGAUUUUGGGAGCCUUCAUAGUAAUGUUGACAUUUCGGAAGUCGAAGAUCCUCUUCAUCUAGGCAAGGCUGUCAAAAAGGGAAUUGAGAAAGACUCUACUUCAAUUGAGUCACUUGGCCCAAUUGUAGAUUCCGAAAUCGGGAGUCUUCAUUCUGCAGAAACUCUGAGAAGUUCAAGGGCUUCUUCGCAAGCACAGCAACCAGCUCAAAGCAAGCGUCUACGUUCAUGUGAUCGAGCUGAACCUCAGGGCAAACGGAUGUGCAGGAAGGUGAAGGAGGAGGAUGAGGGAAAAAAGCAGAAUCAGAAGGAAGAGGAGAAGAAGCAGGAUCAGAAGAAGGAACAGGAUCAGGAGGAGGAGGAUGAGGAGAAGGAACAGGAGAAAAAGGAGAAGCAGGAUCAGAAGAAGGUGGAUGAGCAGAAGGAACAGGAAGAAAAGGAUGAGAAUGAGCUGAUGUCUAAUUUUUUUCCCUCAUCAGUGGCAAUCAAGGAUCGAGAAUGUAUAAAAGAGUAAGGUACAGGUUUGAAACCUGAAGCAGGCCGGAGUGCCCAUCUCUCUUACUUUAGCGUUUGGGCCAGACUGUGCAUACUGUAGUAUAUUGUGUUAAUUAGAUUUUUUCAAUUUUCUUACCUCCAAAACAAUUUGCAAAUGGAACCUUGUUCCACCCUCAUCUCAGAUCUGUUUAAGAUCUGUUUAAUCUCAGAAAUCAUUUUUUUUUUAAUUAUUGUUAUGAGCUUGGUUUUUUUUCUCUCUCUUUUUUGAUUUUUGUGUGUUAUUUCAUCUCUUAAUAGCAAUAUUAGGCCUGCUCUCAGGUAGAAAAACAAAUUUCAAUAAUUUCUGGCUUUAUUAUUUUCAUGAAGAUUAGGACUUUUAUUUUCAUGAUAUCAAAGCAAAAUUUAUGUAUUUAAGGCAUUUAUGUACCUUAAAGGUUUGAUACUCUAAUUAGAUAAUUACUGAUUACUAGUCAACAAUGAUGAAAAAUUUUGAAUUUCUGUAUCCGUCUCCGCCCCUGAAAAGUGUUGGUGGUGAUGCUGACGGUGGUGAUGCUGAAGAACUGAUGAUGGUUAUGAUGAAAAAUAUGAAGAUGAUAAUGAUGUUUGUGCAGCAUUGGUAGUUAAAAG